AUUCUGUGGUGUUGGAACUGUGCUUGUCGCUGUAGGUUCACCAACUCCCGCUGUGUUGUGAUCAGCCUCCCAGUCAAAUUGUUGCUUCCUGGCUGACCCACUCGUCAAAGGGCUGGUGGGGGGGAGAGGCUCAAUUCCACGGUCAACCUCCGUCUGGGUCCCGCUUGUGAGUCGAAACCGGGAUCCACUGAAAGUCACGUAGCAGCGUUAGCAUCCAGAGCAGAGGCUGUCAUGUGAAUCAGCUGGGCGAACAAGGAAGAUCAACAACAACACGACUGAGUCUUUCUGAAUCAAGGUUUCUUCUGGUGAGGCGGCAGGAUGGCGGGCGCAGAGGUUUCUGCCCCUGCGAACCCCACCUGCAAGAUCAUGACAUUCAGACCCACGAUGGCGGAGUUCAAAGAUUUCAACCAGUACUUGGCCUAUAUGGAGUCUCAGGGAGCACACCGUGCAGGCCUGGCUAAGGUAAUUCCUCCAAAAGGCUGGAAACCACGCCGGACCUAUGAUGACAUUGAUGACCUGAUGAUUGAUGCGCCAAUUCAGCAAAUGGUAGCAGGCCAGUCAGGUCUCUUCACCCAAUACAACAUUCAGAAGAAACCUCUGAGCGUGCAGGAGUUCAGACGACUAGCCAACAGUGACAUGUACUGCACUCCACGGUACCUGAAUUAUGAAGAUCUUGAGAGAAAAUACUGGAAGAAUCUUACUUUCGUCUCCCCAAUAUAUGGUGCUGAUGUAAGCGGCAGUCUUUAUGAUGAGGAUGUGGAAGAAUGGAAUAUAGGUCACCUGAACUCCAUUUUGGAUGUAAUAGAAGAAGACUCUGGUGUAGCCAUUCAGGGCGUCAACACUCCAUAUCUGUACUUUGGUAUGUGGAAAACCACUUUUUCCUGGCACACUGAAGACAUGGACCUCUACAGCAUCAACUACCUUCACUUUGGAGAGCCCAAAUCCUGGUACGCCAUCCCACCCGAGCAUGGAAAGAGACUGGAGCGUCUGGCGACAGGUUUCUUUCCGAAUAGUUUUAAAGGAUGUGAGGCUUUUCUCCGCCACAAGAUGACUCUAAUUUCACCCUCCAUUUUGAAGAAGUACGGCAUUCCUUUUGAUAAGAUAACUCAGGAACCAGGAGAGUUCAUGAUCACCUUCCCCUAUGGAUACCAUGCCGGCUUCAAUCAUGGCUUCAACUGUGCUGAGUCCACCAACUUUGCCACAGUGCGCUGGAUAGACUAUGGCAAAGUAGCAACACAGUGCACAUGCAGUAAGGACAUGGUUAAGAUUUCCAUGGAACCCUUUGUGAAGCUGUUUCAACCCGAGCGGUAUGCUAAUUGGAUGCUUGGCAAAGACUCCACACCAAUUGACCACACUCACCCCACACCAAGUACGACCCCCGAACUGAAGACCUGGCUGCAGAGGCGCAGAAGGAUGAAGGCCUCUAACAAAGGCAACAGCCGUCCUCGGAUGCGAUCAAAGCGCUUGAGAACCACAGAAGAGCCUGUUGGUUUGGAUGACAGCUCAGGUGUGAGCUGCAGCAAGAGAAAGGCCCUGAGUGUUCCACAGGGGAGCAAGGUGCGAAGGUCUUCUGCAGCCUGCAAGGCAGAAAAGGAAGAUGGCAACAAGGAGCAGUCGAAGAACAGCCAAAAUUCAAGUGCUCUUUUUCCUGAUCCUUGCAGACAAAUUUGUGUGGUCAAGGUCAACAGAGUUGAGAGUAUUUCUCCGGGAUAUUCAGUAAAUAAUCUGAAAAACCCACAACCCGCUGCAGCUCCUCCCUCUAGUUCUUCAGUCAAGGAUGACCUGGAGGCUGAGCCACUUACUCAUCUUGACAUUCAAACCCUCCCGGGGUCACGGGUCAAGUGUGGAUCCCCACAAGGCUUCAGACAUUCCCCUGAAGCAUUCCAGAUGCAUCAAGGAAUCAAUGAGUCAACUUCUCACUGUUCUAAGCAACAAGACAUCUCAACUACUCAAAACGGCUCUACGGAGCCGUCGUUCCUUGAGGCCUGCGGCCCCUGCACAUCGGCUGAGGCCCACAUUGGCUUAUGCAGCCUUGAUCAUCGGCAACAUGCAUCUAGUUCCCCGUGUAGGACGAAUAGCGAACCCAUUGAAAUGGACAGCGUUGACCAAAAACAAACUAAGCAGCACUUAAAUUCUGAUGCACUUUAUAAAACAAGGUCUUUCUCCGUGGAUGGAGAUUGUUACAAAUCGUCCUCAGGAAACAGUUCAGACAUUAGAGACGACGAAGAAAAUCCUCCAUUGCUUCAAAAGAAUGUCAUUGACAUGCCACAUCUCACUCCUGAAACGGCAGACAAACUGGGACUGUGUCAGUUACCCCCUGUGUUGACCCAAGAGAUGCCUUCCCUUUCUCUCCCUGAUGAUGGAGUAGUGGAUACAUCGAAGUCCAGAACUCACCGCGUUGCACCAGUGCUGCAGAGGGAGACGUGGUUGGAAACCAAUGAGACAAAAGGCAGUGCUGCAUCUACGUUACGUCUUUUUAAUAAUGGGAUAGAAGCAGUGUUGGACUCAUGCGCUGCUGCUGAUUUCGUUGAAAACGCUAUGCAUGAAAUAGCUCCUGGUGGCAUUGAUGAAUUGUUAACCAGACCUGAAGCAGCUGAGAAAGAACCUGUUAGAUGCCACACUCGAGUUCUGAGUGAUACGUGUCAGCUUGAACAAAAACCACCAUCAAUCUUGGCGAGUAAUGAGUUAGAAAGGAACAACUGUUCGGCCCAAAUAGGUCUUUCAAGCUAUCUCAGUGUUCCUGCCUGUCAUUCAACUAGCACCACUAUCAUUAAUCAACCUGAGUCACAUUUACCUCCAGUACACACUGAAAAUGGCAGUCGGUCUGCUCUACCACCCAUUAACAGAUCACAGACGCCCACACACGAUGUAAAUCAGAAUCUGUUUUUAGAACCAGAACCUUGCGACAUGUGGAAAAACCUAAACACCCAGAAUCACCCGGUUCUGGUUCAAACUCUCCACCCAGAAGCCGAUCAAACCCACGACUCCUUACCGUGCACCAUGUGGACUGAGCCACGGUAUCAAAACGUUACUGACCUGGUGGACUCUGAGCAGGCUCUCCAUGAGCUUAAGAACCAGGAGGAAGACGGAGGGUCUUAUACCUGGGCCCAGCUCCAUUCAACCUCACUAGACUCAGGUGGUGCCCCUGAACACCUGGAGCUUGGUGAAAACGCUCCACUGCACAGAAGAAAAUUGGGGAAGGAAGAGUCUUUCUGUCUUAGUGAAAGGCCAGGGAGGCUGGAGACUGGGAGUCUGACCUCAAACACUAAAAAAUCACCCCUGAGUAUUGCUGCCGCGGAAAAGGUUGACUUGUCUGACAUGGUAGACGGAGAGAGGUCUGGUAAAGAGGAAGCGCAGUACAGACAAGCCGUGAAGAGGGCAAGACAUGACUCAUCAGGGGAGGAAGAGGAGGAAGAAGAGGGAAAUGAUACCGAUGACUGUGAUGGACCAAACUUGGAACCUGGCGAAGUUUUUUACCGUGACGCCCUGUUGGUGAAGAAGACCUCGAAAAGCUGGCGGCACCCACUCAGGAAACCCACUGCCAGAGCUGUGCCCACUGCUGUCAAACACCAAGCUGCUAGUGAUGAAGAGCCCCCUGAAGCUAACCUGGCAGAUGAGGAGGAGGAACCAGAAAUGGAAACAUGGGCGAAGCCCCUGAUGAACUUGUGGCAGAGUAGAAAGAACAGCUUCUCUGCUGAAAGGGAGCACAAUGCUCAUGUAGCUACCAUGCCGCCAUAUUGUGCUGUGUGCACACUCUUCAUGCCUUAUUAUCAGGCUGAAGACAAAGCAAGUGACACUAAGCCAAGUAUAGAGAACACCAUUUCUACCACAUCUCCUCAGGAGUACUCUUCAAGUCUACACGAAGGUCUAAGGAGAACGAAGCCAUUAAUUCCCGAGAUCUGCUUUUCAUACCGGGAGCAAAAUUCUCCUCCGACACCCACAAACCCUCUACUGCAGGAAGAUGGUACCUCCCCUCUGCUAAGCUGCCAGAGCUGCUGCCUGCAAGUCCACGCAAGUUGUUAUGGCGUAGCUGCAAGCGACAUCAGCGCUGACUGGUCCUGUGAACGCUGUACCCAGGGAAGCAUAACAGCGGAGUGCUGUCUGUGUAAUCUCAGAGGAGGAGCUCUGAAGAAAACCCAUGACGACAACAGAUGGGCCCAUGUGAUGUGUGCCAUAGCGCUGCCCGAGGCCAAGUUCAUGGAUGAAGUCAAGAGGGCUCCCAUCGACACCAGUCGGAUCCCCACGCAGCGCUUCAGACUGAAAUGUGUGUAUUGUCGUCAGCGCUGCACAGGGAAGAAGCAGGCAGGUGCAUGUGUCCAGUGCUCCUUUGGCAGAUGUCCCACCUCCUUCCAUGUCACCUGCGCUCAUGCGGCUGGAGUUACCAUGGAGCCUGAUGACUGGCCCUAUGUGGUGUCCAUCAGCUGUCAUAGACACCACAUGAGAGGGGCUUCAGCGAAGCAGCACGCGUGUCAAGCGUCCAUCUCCCUGGGCCAGACGGUGAUCUCCAAACACAAGAACCUGCGCUACUACAGCGCUAAGGUCACCCAGAUCACGUCCCGGAUGUUCUACGAGGUCAUGUUUGACGACGGCUCCUUCUCCAACGAUACCUACCCCGAGGACAUUGUGAGCAGAGAUUGUGUGGACUUGGGGCCCCCUGAAGUAGGAGAGCCGGUCCAAGUGAAGUGGCCAGAUGGGCUCUUCUAUGGUGCCAAAUAUUUGGGCUCCAAUGUUUCCUACAUAUACCAGGUGGAGUUUGAGGACGGCUCUCAGGGACUGGCCAAGAGGGACGACGUCUAUACUUUAGAUGAGGAUCUGCCAAAAAAGGUGAAGCGGAGACUUUCCUCAGCCUCCAGCAUGCGUUUCCAGGACACUUUCUUCACCACGCAAGGUGAGCGGAAACGGCAGAGGACCCCAAAUUCACGCUUUCAGAAGGACUAUGUGGCCCUCCCGGGCCUCCGUACGCUGGCCAGAAGCACAUGGGAGCAGCUUGACCAUGAAGGGAAAUGAAGAAAUUUGGGGAGAAUGAUGACAAAUGAAUGCACUGAGCUUUUAUGUCUGUGUGUGUGUGUGUGUGUGAUUGUUUAAAAAACUGAUCCGUGAUCUGAUGAUUUCAAUGACAUGAAGCUGUGUGAUCGAUAAAUCAGGUCGUCCUGGACUCAAAUGAGGGAUAAAAGAGGGCAGCGAUGCCUUCGAUUGCUUUCACAUCUGUCAGGGAAAUCCAAAACUGUGACUGGACAUUUGUCACGUCGCCCCUUUUCAACGGAAACCUUUUCUUCUUUUUACAUGCGGGGCUCCAAACGUGAGGUUUUUCUAACUAGCUAGCUCUUGUUCCAAGCGUGCGCUCCUGGCCUGUAGUGGUUCCCUGAUGUCAGACCUCCUGCAUGUAUCUACACUGUCCCCGACCGACUCCUCGGCACAGUCGCCCAAAACGGCUUCCUUUCUGCGUAUUUUCUACUGGAAAAUAAAUAUUUUAAUUGUACAACUUGAACUAUUUUAAAGAGGAAUUGGUGGGAGGGGGAAAAAAGACAAUGUUUGGCCACAUAGCUAGCGAAUGAGGACACGUCGGACAGGAAACCAUGUUGGGUUCUGUGCCUGAUUCUUGUGAAAUGCUACUGUUGAACGAAAUUAUUUAAAAUUUGUAUUUAUUUUUUUGCUUGCUAUAGUAAAAUUAUUGCCAACUGCUGUGAGGGAAAAUGAAAUAAAAAUAUUUGUUUUGUUA